GUUUACUUCGACAGAAACACUGGUGGUUUCUCGGAAGAAGCUGUACCACGGGCAAAGAGUGCGCAACUGAAACUCGAGAACUAUUAUAAGGUUGCAGUCGAUUCAGCCAUCGAGAGAAAUGCGAGGAGGGUGGAACUCGAACGUCGUCUUCAAGGAGAGGCACUAUUGUCCGAAGAGCGCAAAAACCGGCAGCUGUUGCAACUAGGCAAGAAAGAAUCAACCUAUUUGCGGCUCAGAAGAACGAAACUGGGCUUGAGUGAUUUUAAAACAGUCAAAGUGAUCGGAAAAGGUGCCUUUGGAGAAGUUCGACUAGUUCAGAAAAUAGACACCGGGAAGAUUUAUGCGAUGAAGCUUUUGAAGAAAGAUGAAAUGCUAAAGAAAGAUCAGCUCGCCCACGUACGCGCUGAGCGAGACGUUCUCGCAGAGUCAGAUUCUCCGUGGGUUGUUCAGCUCUAUUAUUCCUUUCAAGAUUCCUCCCAUCUCUACCUUAUCAUGGAAUUUCUUCCUGGAGGCGACCUGAUGACGAUGCUCAUCAAAUAUGACACCUUCUCGGAAGAUGUCACGCGGUUUUAUCUCGCUGAAUGUGUUCUGGCCAUUGAAGCUGUCCAUAAUUUGGGCUUCAUCCAUCGGGACAUAAAACCGGACAAUAUCUUGAUUGAUAAGGAUGGUCAUGUGAAGCUCAGCGACUUUGGUCUUUCAACGGGCUUUCAUAAGCAGCACGAUUCGAAAUAUUAUCAACGAUUGUUGGAAUCAGCAAACUCUCAAACAUCUGGACACUCUGCUCAUGCUGCUCGAAACAGUGUGAUGGUCACUUCGAUCAAUCUCACAAUGACGAGUAAAGAUCAAAUCGCAACAUGGAAGGCAAAUCGCCGAAAACUUGCAUAUUCCACGGUUGGUACACCCGAUUAUAUUGCUCCUGAAAUAUUCCUGCAAAAAGGGUACGGUAACGAAUGCGAUUGGUGGUCACUUGGGGCCAUCAUGUUCGAAUGUUUGGUUGGAUACCCACCCUUCUGCUCAGAGUCUACCCACGAGACGUAUCAGAAGAUCAUGCAAUGGCAGUCCUGCCUCAUAUUUCCCGAUGAUGUUUAUCUUAGCCGAGAGGCAGAAGACUUAAUCAGGCGAUUAAUAACGUCCGCUGACAAACGGCUGCCGGUGGAGGAAAUCAAGGAGCAUCCUUUCUUUUAUGGAGUCGACUGGGAGUCCAUCCGACGGAUCGACGCGCCUUUCGUCCCGCGACUCCAGUCUGUCACGGACACGUCGUAUUUCCCGACAGACGAAUUAGAUCAAGUC